AUGCCUUUCACACAAUCUUUUGGCGGGAAUAGCUACCUCAACAUCAACAUCUCCAGCGAAGAAGAGGUCCCACCCGAUUUUGAAGAACGUCGACGGAAAGAUGAAGCUGCUGACGUGGCUAUGAUAGGCUCGCCCAUCGACAUCUCCGACGAGGAUUCCCUUGCCACCGCCGAGCCGACCAUUGCCGAUCGCAACGCACCGUCUACGAUCGCAGCCAUCAACCAAGAGAGCAAGUUCAAGGGCGGACUCAUGGAUUUGUGGGGCUGUCAUAGUGGUCACGGGGCCUGCACGGGGUCGAAUCAACUAAAAUGUUAUUUCGGCGCCAACGGCCAACCGGCCAAGGCAGGUCCCGAUGGACGCUGCGACCUCUGCUCCAGCGACAGCUUGACAGCCCUGUACGAGGAUCCACGCGGUCAGGCCCGUAUCACCUACCUCUUGAAGCACUUAGACGGCAAAAACUUGAAGCACGCCUACGCUCGCAUCAAGAUUGUCCUGGGAAAGGCGAUUCAACAGGACUUUCAAUUCCGACGCCAGCGUGCGCUACGGCGAUCUUUGCAGCGCCCCAAGGCCAUGCCAAAGAAAAGCCGCCGCAAGGCAAAACAGGCAGCCGAGGCUUCUUACACUGAGGCAGUGAGUAGUGUGAAGCUUGAGCGAAAGUAA